CAGUUGUUAGGUUCUCAUUUUUCUUUUAUGUCUCAAAAUCUUCCAUGGUGCCAGGGCUGAUUUCCUGGUCUGAGAAACUGAAGAUCUCUUUGGGGCAUUUCUGAGCUCCCAGGAAUUCUUGCGUUAUCACCAGUGCUUCCAGUGUUCAGCACAGCCUUCAUUGAUGGGUAGAGGGUGAAUGAACAGAUGGGAAAGGCUCAGUAACCUAUUCGUGUCACCCUCUGGAAACAAGGAGCUAGAAGGACCACCUUUUAUGUGGCAAAACUGAGGACAGGGUCACACUGUGAUUAAAUGGCAUCAGAAAUCACCUAUGCUGAGGUGAAGUUCAAAAAUGAAUUGCCGGCUCCAGUGGUCAAAGGACUUCCCAAGAAAAAGAAGUCUGAGCAACAUCCCCAGAAGUACCCACUGUGGCUGCCAUGGUUGAUCUCACUGCUGCUUCUCUUGGUGUGCAUUGCCCUUGUUGUUGUCCUCCUUGUGGUUCCCUUCAGCCACAGCAGUGCCCAGCCCUCGGCCCUGCAGCAGCAGUUCUCGGAGUGGGAGUGCGACUCAGCGCUGCCACAAGGCACAGAGAGAGGCUGGAUGUGCUGCCCAAAGGGCUGGAGAAGGUUUCAAAGAAGCUGCUAUUUCCUGUCCCUUGAUAAGAUGAAUUGUGCUGAGAGUGCACAGAACUGCACUGGGAUGGGCUCCCAGCUGGUGGUGAUCAACAGCAAGGCAGAGCAGGAAUUCCUGUCUGUGCAGAUAGGUCAACUCAUGAGAAGAGAUAAUUUCUACAUUGGUCUGUUUUUGGAGAAGGUGGGCCAGUGGCAGUGGGUGGACAAGACUCCAUAUAAUGGGACACCAAUGUUCUGGCGUGAAGGAGAACCAAGUCCAGGCCAUGAGAACUGCACUGUAAUGCAUGCGCCUGAAAAAGCUCUCUACAACUGGAAUAACGUCAAACCAGAUAUGAUGCAUCAUCGAAUUUGUGAAGUUGCAGCAGUAAUUGUGUGAUGGAAAUAUCCCUGUCCUGAGUAAAGCUGGGAGCUGAGCAGGGAGCUGGGAACAUUGCUGGGAGGGGUCAGGAGCUCUGGCACAUCUUCACUGUGUGGGGUAGGAGCAUGUGUGUGGAAGUGCAAUGAGCUUUGUCCAGCAUCCCCAGUGCAUGUGGUGGCUCAGGGAAC